AUGGAUGCUGCUGAACCCCAUUGAGACGCAUUGAAGCCUAAGGACGGAUACAUUUUUACAGCACAACCAUAUAUUAAUGAUUUUAAGACGAAUCGGGAAAUGUUUGAGCUUCACACACUGUUAAAGCGCAUUUAUUAAAUCAUGCGCAGUACGGAAGGUGUUCACGACAGUGAUGACGCGUUUGAGGCAGCAAUGUGAAAUCGUAUGAUGUGAAACAAAUCCUUUGGCCCAUUUCACAGCUCAGGCUGCUAUCAUAUUCCCAUCAUCCUACAAGAGAGGAACAAACUCCAGGUGUAACAAGUGAAUGUAGAAUGUAUACUACGGUAAAGACAGAGUUUAUUAAAGAGGAGAUUGAAGACAUGAGUGAUCCAGAACCAUCCAGAAUGAAACAUGAAGAUACUGAGGAACAAACAGACUUGACACACUUAAAAGAAGAAAGUGAAGAACUGGUGGAAAUGGAGGAGAAACAUCACAAUCAGGACCCUUUCAGAACUGGAGGAACGUGUUCAGAGACUGAGAAAAAAACUCAAAGAAGCGAAGCCAAAAACUCCUUCACGUGUCCUCAGUGCAGGAAGAGUUUCACACGGAGAGACAGCCUUAAGGAGCAUCUACGAAUUCACAUGGGAGAGAAACCUUUCAGCUGCCAUCACUGCGGGAAGAGUUUCACGCGAAAAGAGAGCCUGAAGUAUCACCUGCGGAUUCACAGCGGAGAGAAACCAUACACCUGCCAUCAGUGCGGAAAGAGCUUCACCUUCAAAAACAACCUCAAGGUUCACCUGAGAAUCCACUCCAGGGAGAAGCUGUUCUUCUGCCCUCAGUGCGGAAAGGGCUUAACCUGUAAAAAAGGUCUUAAGAAUCACAUAAGGGUUCACUCGGGAGAGAAGCCUUUCAAAUGCCAUCACUGCGCAAAGUGUUUUAAAUGGGCGCACAGUCUCAAUAAUCAUCUGCAUUCUCAUUCUGGGGUGAAGCCUUUUAAUUGCGUUCACUGCGGAGAAGGUUUCACGUCGUCAUCCAUCCUGAAAAACCACCUGAAGGUUCACGUGAACGAGAGGCCGUAUGUGUGCUCCUUGUGCGGAAAGAGUUUCAUAUGGCCGGGCAAUUUUAAAGAGCACCAGAAAAGACACAGUGGGGAGAGAGACCACGUGUGCUUUGAGUGCGGCAAGACCUUCACAACAGCCAAACGUCUGAAGGAGCACCAGAGGAUUCACACCGGAGAGAAACCCUACAAGUGCACGCUCUGUGACAAGAGCUUCACUCAGUCUGGAUCGCUGAAGGUUCACGAGCGAGUUCACACUGGAGAGAAACCAUAUCACUGCCCUUCAUGUGGGAGGAGUUUCUCACAGCUAACCAAUCUUAUUACUCAUAUUAAAAAACACUGCAAGAAAUCAUCACGCUCUUAAAGAUGAACAUGCUUUGAGAUGCCGUAGAAGAACUU